AUGGCCGACGAAAAGCCGAAGGAAGGAGUCAAGACUGAAAACAACGACCACAUUAAUCUGAAGGUGGCAGGGCAAGAUGGUUCAGUGGUGCACUUUAAGAUUAAGAGGCACACACCACUUAGUAAACUAAUGAAAGCCUAUUGUGAACGACAGGACACACCUGCACAUUUGGAAAUGGAGGGUAAAGAUACAAUUGAUGUAUUCCAGCAGCAGACAGGAGGCACUUACUAAAAAGAAUCUACAACUCUUCUCCAGAACUGUGCUCCCAAGAAAAACAAUACAUUCACAAUUAGAAACCAAGAUUUGGUUCAUCCACAUCCUGACUACUGCAGUAUAGUUUUCUCUUCUUUGAUUCCCUUCCCCC